CUCCUCUUGUUGUGGAAUUCAGUGUCUUGAGGAGUCACUCUUCUCUCCUGCUGUUCUGCUCUGUGGAUGAAGUCUGCAGGGCGAAGUAAAAAAAAAAGGAGCUCUCCACCGAGGAAUUCGACGGAGACGAGACGCAGACGAAAAGGAGCUGGCUUAUUUCUCUCGCCCAGGAGGUGCAAGCCCUGCAGUCUGAGGCCUCACCUGCCCUCCCUCAUCCACCCCCCGACAUCUCCUGUCUGAGCCCUGCACCUGUUCUGACUCGUCAGCCAGGUGAGGGGGAUCCUGUGGCCUUACGCUGUUUUUUCAGCUGACCAUAGCUGCAGGGCAAUUAGGGAACCGGUCUAUUCAUUUGACUGGAUUGCUGCUUUACUCUGUAUCUCUCUCUCUCUCUGUCUCUCUCUAUAUAACCCACCUCCCUUCCCUCCCUGCCUAUCCCUACCCCCCUCCCACUCCAUCUCUGUCUAGCCCAGUCUCAGCCUGCUUGACACUGUGGCUGUGGGUACGGUGUGGAGCUGCAGAAGUUUCCCUGCUGGAGUAAAAAAGUGUGGAUCACAUUGCAAGGGACACGGGUGGGGGGGGGAAGAAAGGGUGAAAAAAAAAAGAAAAGAUAAUUCUUCUGGUGGAGAGACGUUGGAAAAGUUGGAUUGAGCAUUGGACGGCAGAGAGAGAGAAGUUGAAAACUCCAAACCAAAGGAUUCUGCAGUUGGAAGAACAGCAGGUAUGAAAAGCCAGGCUGUGGUUGUGUCUGUGGCUCUGCUGGCCCUGUGCUUCCUGCUGAUCCCCAGAGGAGGGGAGAGUGCAGGGGGGAUAAUUUCUCUCCGGCAGACUGAAGGGGAGAGGCAGGCAGGGGAUGAGCUGCAAGACGAGUCCCUGGAUGACCCAGAAAGUGAUCAUGGACUUGCAGUGGACGCACACCCACAAAGAGACACAGAGGAGGCAGGUGUGUUGGGCAGGGUGAGGAGAGCGCCAGAAGAAGGCAAGAAGAAGAAGAAGGACAAGAAGAAGAACAAAGACCCAAACGCCACCAAAAAGCCCAAAACCGACAAGAAGGGCAAGAAGAAGGACAAGCAGACGACCACAACUCUACCGCCGACCACAACUCUACCGCCAACCACAACACCGAGCCCGACUGAACCACCCACUGAACCUUACACAGACUACCCCUAUCCUGAUGGUGACGGAGAUUACUGGAAACCGGAGGAUGACUACUGGGAGGGGGAACCCACACCGUCCCAGCCUCAGCCAGAGACUCCAAUCACCGAUCUUCCAUAUGACUACUGGAAGCCAGAGGAGGAAGACCCAGUUGUUCCAGAACCAGAAAACUAUGAAGACUUCUGGCAACCAGAAGAGGCUGUCCCGUCCAGUCCAACGCCUGACGCCUACGUUGAUUACUGGAAACCAGAUGAGAAAGAGGUGACCACCAAAACGCCUCUCUAUGAAGACUACUGGAAACCAGAUGAGAAAGAGGUGACCACCAAAACGCCUCACUAUGAAGACUACUGGACACCAGAUGAGACAGAACCAUAUGCUCCUGUCACUGACAACUAUGACAGCUACUGGAAAGAGGUGGACCCGACGCCCUCUGCCCCUGAGGUUGAUGGCAAGGCUGGGACAGAUGACACCGAUUACUGGGAUGCCACAUUCGAGGAGCCAGACAAUCUUCCAUUCCCUGACGGUAAAGAGGUCAGCCCUGAAAUUAAAGUAGAAACCCUCCCAGAGGAGCCCACAACCACUCCUCCGUUUGAGGGGACGUGGUAUGAUGAUUACGACGAAUAUGGAAGGAGGAAAGAAGACGAGACAGACGAUAAAUGGAUGGAGAAGGAGAAGGAGAGAGCGGCUAAAGAAAGAGAGAGGCUGGAGAAAGAGAGAGCGCAGAAGCUGAAGGAGGCAGAGGAACGGGCCAAAAACAGACCACGUGUCUACAAAGAGCCAAAGGAGUGUCCUCCCCUGGGGAUGGAGUCCCAUAAGAUCGAGUCAGACCAGCUUUCAGCCUCUUCCAUGUCCCAGUAUAGAUUUGCGCCUCAGCGGGCGCGCCUCAACAUGCAGGGCACCGAUGAUGAAGACGACAUGAGAGGCGGUGCGUGGUGUGCCAACUCAGAGGACAGGAUCCAUUGGUUUGAGAUAGACGCUCGCAGGGAGACGGAGUUCACGGGAGUCAUAACGCAAGGACGAGACUCCUACAACGAGAGCGACUUUGUCACAUCGUACUUCCUGGCUUUCAGCAAUGACAGUAGAGAGUGGACCACCAUCCACGAUGGAUACGCUGACUGGUUGUUCUUUGGAAGCAAUGAUAAGGAUGUUCCGGUCAUGAAUCAGCUGGCAGAGCCCGUGCUGGCCCGCUACAUCCGAAUCAUCCCUCAGAGCUGGAACGGCACUCUGUGUAUGCGGCUGGAGGUCCUCGGCUGCCCCGUGCCUGAUGCUGUUGACGCUCAGUACAGGCAAAAUGAAGUGACACCAGUAGACUACUUGAAGUUCAAACAUCACAGCUACUCAGAGAUGAUUGCACUUAUGAAGUCGGUGAACGAGGAGUGUCCAAACAUCACCAACAUCUACAGCCUGGGACGCAGCUCCAAGGGACUGGAGAUCAUGGCCAUGGUCAUCUCUGGCAACCCCACAGAGCAUGAAAUAGGCGAGCCAGAGUUGCGCUUCACGGCCGGUCUCCACGGAAACGAGGCAGUGGGUCGGGAGAUGAUCCUGCUACUUAUGCAGUACCUGUGCAAAGAGUACAAAGACAGAAACCCCAGAGCCCAGCAGCUGGUCGAGGGAAUACGCAUCCACCUGGUGCCAUCUCUGAACCCUGACGGACACGAGGAAGCUUUUGAGGCGGGAUCAGAGGUGAGUACGUGGACCACAGGACAUUUCACUGCAGACGGCUUUGACAUCUUCCAGAACUUCCCAGACCUGAAUAGUAUCCUGUGGGAUGCUGAAGAUAAAGGCUUGGUGCCAAAGAUCUUCCCCAAUCACCACGUACAAAUACCGGAGGACUUUCAGUACAACACCUCGAUUGCUGUGGAAACCAGGGCCAUAAUCUCCUGGAUGAAAAGCCAUCCAUUUGUGUUGGGUGCGAACUUCCAGGGUGGGGAGUCAAUUGUGGCCUAUCCUUAUGACAGCCUGCGUCUCAACAAGCCUGCCGAGAGCCAGAAACGCCACAGCCGCAAGAAGAGACAGUAUGAAGACGAAGGUUUUGACGUUACAGAGUGGGGUAGGGGUUACCAGGAGGAGCCUGAGGAAGACUGGAGAGGAAGGGGAUACGCAGAGCCAGAGGAGGAGUGGAGGGGCCAAGGCUACGACCACGGCCAAAGCUAUGACCGCAGGCAAGGCUACGACCACGGCCAGGGCUAUGACCACAGGCAAGGCUAUGACCACAGGCAAGGCUACGACCACAGGCAAGGUUACGACCACAGGCAAGGCUACGACCACGGCCAAAGCUACGACCACAGGCAAGGCUAUGACCACGGCCAAGGCUACCACCAAGGCUACGACCAAGGUCACGGUUAUGACCAAGGUCACGGUUAUGACCAAGGUCACGGUUACGACCAAGGUCACGGUUACGACCAAGGUUAUGGCCACAGAGAGGAGGAAGAGGACGACAGAGGGAGAAGUGCUGGCUACCAGUAUGCUGAGCCCGAAGAUGAACCUCGGGUGAUCGCAGAUGAGUCCCUGUUCAGGUGGUUGGCUGUGUCCUACGCCUCCACACACCUGACCAUGACACACAACUACCAAGGCUCCUGCCACGGAGGCGGACCCACAGGGGGGCACGGCCUCGUCAACCGCGCCAAGUGGAAGCCAAUCACAGGAAGUAUGAACGAUUUCAGCUACCUGCACACCAACUGCUUUGAGCUGUCCGUGUUCCUGGGAUGUGAUAAGUUCCCUCAUAAGAGUGAGUUGGCGUAUGAGUGGGAGAAGAACAGAGAGGCAAUGCUGAUCUUCAUGGAGCAGGUGCAUCGUGGCAUCAGGGGCAUUGUGAAGGACCAACAGGGGAACGCCAUUGCAAAUGCCACUGUGUCUGUAGAGGGGAUAAACCAUGACGUCACCACAGCAUCGACAGGAGACUACUGGCGCCUGCUUAACCCGGGAGAGUACCGCGUGACGGCUCGAGCUGAGGGCUUCUCCCCUGUGACCAAACUCUGCGUGGUGGGUUACCAGUCAGGAGCCACCGCCUGCAGCUUCAACCUGGCCAAAUCCAACUGGGACCGCAUUAAACAGAUCAUGGCCCUCCAUGGCAACAAGCCUAUUCGACUCAGCUACAGCAACUCCAGAGCACAGCCUCCAGUUGUUAGUAACAGCAACAGGCGUGUGGUUCACGGCAACGGUGGGUAUUCACCAAAUUCACGAAUCAGCGCCGAAAGGCAGAGGAGGCUGAGGAUAGCUCGCAUCCGUCGCCUCCGGCAACAGAGAUUAUUGAGGUUAAGAUCAACAACUCUUCCUCCACCGACAACGCCGCCGCCGACAACAACAACGUUACCCCCAACUACCACAAUUCCCACGACGCCAGAGACCACCACAUCCUGGUAUGACUCAUGGCUAGAGGAGGAACAGUCCUCAACGCCUGGCGGUUUCACAGACUCCAUCCUGGAUUAUAACUAUGAGUACAAGAUCGAUGACUAUUAAACCAAACACACGACUCAGUAAACACGCAAACUGUCCUCUCCCACUUGUAGUUCUCAUUGCCACGUUGUACUUUGAGCAGGUUUGAUGAAUCAAACAAGGAGUCCUGUCUGUGUACAUGAGCAAUGGCAACGUACAGAAUAUUAACUAUAUUAACUGUAUAAAGUUAGUGUAUCUACAAAAUGCCUCUUCACAGACAUUUACCCUGUUAACUAACAGUACUUCAGUUUCAUAGUUCACACUGCAUUUCUCUGGUCUGUUCAGUCUUUACGAAUGCUUCAUGAAAAAGAUGUUUAUUGUGGAUGCACAUAAAAAAAAACACUUUUACACCAGGGUUGAAUUGUUUUCAGUCUUCGUCAAAGGCAGAAACAUUUUUUUUUUUUACUGUAUGAACAGUCAUGAAAGGUUUAAAAAGCAUUUUGUUCAAAGUUGGUGACAAAAGUCAAGAGGAGGGAAAGUUCUGUCACGGUUCCUUCGAGCACAGUUGGGGUAGAAGAGUUAUUUUUCAAAUAAACGCUUGUUAAUACACAA